UUGACGCCAUUUUCGCCCUUCAAAGGAGGUUUUGUAACUCUUUUUGAGUGGAAAAUUAAACAACAAUUUCUGUGUGGCAAGUUACAGACUCCCUGAAAAUUGUCAUAUAGGAGUCCUCUGCACAAAUUAUUCUUCAAAAUGGCAGGGGCCCAACAAGUGUUUGAGACGCCCUCACAGUCGACACGCUUCGUCUACACAUCAGACCGCCACCCGCGAGAAACGUUAGAGAUGAUCAACAUCCUUCGCAGGCAGCGUGAACUUUGCGACGUCGUUAUCGUAGUCAACGAGAACAAAAUCUAUGCCCACCGGAUAAUCCUGUCUGCGUGUAGUCCGUACUUUCGUGCAAUGUUCACCGGAGAGUUGGCCGAGAGUCGCCAGACCGAGGUGACGAUACGAGACAUUGACGAGCGGGCCAUGGAGCAACUCAUAGACUUUGCGUAUACGUCGACCAUCACGGUAGAAGAGAGCAAUGUACAGACGCUCCUUCCUGCGGCGUGUCUCUUGCAACUGUCCGAGAUUCAGGAGGCGUGCUGUGAGUUUCUGAAGAGACAGCUCGAUCCAUCGAACUGUUUAGGCAUCAGGGCAUUUGCCGACACUCACGCCUGUAGGGAUUUGCUGCGAGUGGCAGAUAAAUUUACACAACAGAACUUUUUACAGGUCAUGGAGAGUGAGGAGUUUAUGCUUUUGCCAGUCAAUCAGCUGAUCGAGAUCACGGGCAGCGAUGAGCUGAACGUACGCAGUGAAGAACAGGUCUACAGUUCAGUCAUAUCAUGGGUCAAAUACAACAUACCGGAGAGGAGGAGUGAAUUAUCAAAGGUCCUCCAGCAUGUCCGUCUCCCUCUUCUCAACCCCAAAUUCCUAGUGGGCACCGUCAGCACAGAUCUUCUCAUCCGGAGCGACGAGGCGUGUCGAGAUCUCGUUGACGAGGCCAAGAACUACCUCCUGCUUCCCCAGGAGAGACCAUUGAUGCAGGGUCCGAGGACGAGACCCAGGAAGCCCAUCCGAUGUGGAGAAGUGCUCUUUGCUGUUGGCGGAUGGUGCAGCGGCGAUGCCAUCUCCAGUGUGGAGCGGUUUGACCCUCAGAGUGCUGAAUGGCGGAUGGUUGCACCAAUGAGCAAGAGACGUUGUGGGGUGGGCGUGGCAGUGCUAGAUGACCUUCUCUAUGCGGUCGGAGGUCACGAUGGGUCGUCGUAUCUCAAUAGUAUAGAGAGAUACGAUCCUCAGACCAACCAGUGGAGCAGCGACGUUGCACCGACGAGCACCUGCAGGACCAGCGUCGGCGUCGCUGUGCUGGAUAACUUCAUGUAUGCAGUGGGCGGCCAGGAUGGGGUGUCGUGUCUCAACAUAGUAGAAAGAUACGAACCUCACGCUAAUCGUUGGACUCGUGUAGCCUCCAUGAGUACGCGUAGACUCGGUGUCGCCGUGGCCGUUCUCGGUGGCUUCCUGUACGCCGUAGGGGGCUCGGACGGCACGUCACCCCUCAACACUGUCGAGCGCUACGACCCCCGGUCCAACAAGUGGACGCCGGUCGCCCCCAUGGGGACGCGGCGGAAACAUCUCGGUUGCGCCGUCUAUAACGAUAUGUUGUACGCUGUCGGGGGGAGAGACGACCAGACUGAGCUGAGCAGUGCGGAGAGGUACGAUCCGACGACGAAUACGUGGAAGCCCAUUGUCGCCAUGAAUUCAAGACGAAGUGGGGUUGGACUAGCGGUAGUCAAUGGCCAGCUGAUGGCUGUUGGAGGGUUUGAUGGCACAACGUACCUGAAGACAGUGGAAGUCUAUGACCCAGAAACAAAAUCGUGGCGCAUGUGCGGCAGUAUGAACUAUCGACGGCUCGGUGGAGGGGUUGGGGUGGUCAAGCUACCACAAUCAGAACCCAGUGUCUGGUGACGAACUCUAACCCAUGUUGCCAUAUGUUAUAUGAGAGUGCUUCAGCAGCAGUCCUGGUGCCGGAUGACAUUCUACCACAUGAGGGUGCCGCAGGGCUAAAAGCUUGUCCCUCCAGCACUCAUCCACAGGAUGGUGCUGCAUGACUCGUUGCUUGUCCAUCCAGGAGGGUGCCACAAGGGUCUUUGUUAGGCCCUCCAGCUUUGUCCACAGAAGAGUGCCUCAUGGCUCAUUGCUUGGCUCUAGGGCACUUUUCUAAAGGAUGGUGCUGCAGGGCUCACUAGUUGGCCCUUCAGCACUCAUCCACAGGAUGGUGCUGCAUGACUCGUUGCUUGGCCAUCCAGGAGGGUGCCACAAGGGUCUUUGUUAGGCCCUCCAGCUUUGUCCACAGGAGAGUGCCUCAUGGCUCAUUGCUUGGCUCUAGGGCACUUUUCUAAAGGAUGGUGCUGCAGGGCUCACUAGUUGGCCCUUCAGCACUUAAACACAUGAGGGUGCCACAUGGCUCGUUGCUUGGCCCUCCAGCACUCAAACACAGGAGGGUACCACAGGGCUCGUUGAUUGGCCCUUCACCACUCUGCCACAGGAGGGUGCGGCAGGGCUCAAUGCUCAUCCCUCCAGCUGUAUCAUAUUGUGAGGUCUCAAGUCCAGCUUUGUCUGAUUGUUUUAAUAGUCUACCAAUUUGUGACUGUGGUUUUGUAGGUGUCGUCAACAUUUUUGGUUUGUGCAGAAUUAAACUAGGUGUAUGUCAAUGUCAAAACCAAUGUCAACUCAAAAUCUAAAAUUGUGGGCUCUAUGAAAGAACUGAAAUUGUUCUUGAUGCGUGCCUGCCUGCUGACAUGAAAACCAUGUGUACACAAGGCAUAAAAAUUGUUUUCAUUUACAUGUACAUUACGAACACAAUAUAUUUUAGUUUGCGCUACUGAUGAAGAGGAUUGUAGAUGAUGGCUCCUUUGCCUCAACAAAGUGAAAGAACAGGAGAGUCCAAACUUUGUUUGACAAGAUUCUGCAGUAUGUUUACAACUCAAUCGGUUUCACUAAGUAUUUCCUCAUUGUCUUAAGAUUAGUUCAUGUCAGGGGCUCACCCAGAGGAGCACAUUGGGGUCGACCCGGAAAAGCUAAACGAACGCACGAGUUGGUUGUGAGUAGAAGGAAAACUGGAGGCCUGUAAACCUUAUCGCAAAUACUCGGUACGCAUGUGUUAGGCGUGGAAUGAGGUGCAUGCUGGUCUAGCUAGCGAUCGCUAGUUAGGCCAGCAUGCACCUCAUUCAACACUUAAUGGGUAUUUGCGGAAAAGGUCUAUGGCCACCCAUACCCAAAAGUAAGAUGUUUUGCUACUACUCUGAGGUAGAAGUUUUCCACCAUACAAAGGCUUUCAAAAAUAUUAUUGCCAAACAAGGAAUGUUUGGCCUUCAAAGAUUUGAAUAUUAUACACAUUAAGUUUGUCAACAUAUGAAGUUUAGGCCUUUUUCAAAACAGAGAAAAAGAUAUUUCAGCUGUGUUGUAUUCAUCAGAGACAGUAGCUUUGUAAAACUUUAACCUUAAAUGUAGAAAAUUGACAGUAUAUAAUUUAAAACAUUGCUAAAAGAUUGUCGUCAAUGAAAGACUUUUGUAAAUUGAGCUAAAAUUUUGCUGAGCACCAGUCACAACAAUGUAAACUUAAUGUAAUUUUGGCUGGUAACCUGUUUCUACUAAGCAAUUCGUUUCUGUGCUAAGCAAGAAUUUGUGCUUUACGGGCUUUAUGAAAGUGGGCUCUUUUUGUGUGUGGCACAAUUCAGUGCUCAGUUUCGUAGAGCUCGUUAAGCCCCCAAUUGCUAAGCAAAAUAUAAUUGUGCUUAAAGACAUGGACACUAUUGGUAAUUGUCAAAGACCAGUCUUCUAACUUGCUGUAUCGCAACAUACAUUAACCAUUCUGUGAAAAUUUGAGCUCAAUUGGUCAUUGAAGUUGCGAAAUAACUAUGAAAGAAAAAUCACCCAUGUCAG